AUGAUGAUGAUGAUGAUGAUGAUGAGUUCAAAACUCUCAGAAGAGGAACUGAAGAUACAAACGCGCGCGUGCGCAUCAGAGUGUGUGAUUGAUUGGCACGCGCGCUGUGAACGCAUUCCGUCGCGUCGCGUCGCGGGGAGGAGACGUCAGAGACGCGUCGCGGGCGGAGCGGAGCGGAAGGGAGCUGCUGGAGGUCGCGCGCUGAACGCCGGUGGACGCGGUUCUGGAUCGGAGCGCACCGGAGAGAACGGGGAGCGCCGCCGGUUCACCGAGAGUUCCCGAGCAGAAAGAGACGAGCAGCGGCAAACACAGACGGAGGCUGGUUCGGGAGGGUUCCUCCACAGCGGCUCUGCAGGACUGAAGCUGGAGCAGAUGAUGGAGACGGAGCAGAAGGAGAUCCGGCUGCGUGAAGCUCACAUCAUGUACGUGCAGCAGCUCGCCGCUCGGGCUUCAGGGGCCGGCUUCAUGAGCAGGGGACCCAGUCAUCCAUCACGUGUCUCUAAUCAGAGCAGUUUGGACUCCGAACACGACCGGGACUCGGAUGAUGAUGAUGGGACGAUGGAGGGCGAUGAAGGUAGUGAGGAAGAUGAGCGGCCCUUCGGGAGCUUCUCGGGCCCCGGGGCCACCGCAGAUGUCCAUGGAGCGCCGUCUCCUGCUGUCAGGGUCAAACAGGAGCCCGAAGACGAUCUCUCACCCGUCGGGCGACCGUCUGUGUCUCCUCCUAACGGCCAAGCGCACUGGAGCUACGAGGAUCACUUUAAAACAAAUAGAGGUGUAUCUUGGUCAGAUGAUGGGGAUGUUGCUCGUGGAAGAGGGGAAGUGUCCAGAGAUUUCGCCAAGUUAUAUGAGCUGGACAGUGACCCGCACAGGAAGGAGUUUCUGGACGACCUUUUCACCUUCAUGAUGAAACGAGGGACUCCGGUGAACAGGAUCCCCAUCAUGGCGAAGCAGGUUCUGGAUCUGUACAAGCUGUACAAGCUGGUGACGGAGAAGGGUGGACUGGUGGAGGUCAUCAACAAGAAGAUCUGGAGAGAGAUCACCAGGGGUCUCAACCUGCCCACCUCCAUCACCAGCGCCGCAUUCACACUCCGCACACAGUAUAUGAAGUAUCUGUAUCCGUACGAGUGCGAGCGGAAGGCGUUGAGUUCUCCCAGCGAGCUGCAGGCCGCCAUCGACAGCAACCGGCGUGAAGGCCGUCGACCCAGUUACAGCAACAGCCUGUUCCGCUUUAGCCCCUCCCCCGGCUCCGCCCCUCACCUCCUGACCCCGCCCAAGAUGCACCUGUCAGCGCUGGGGACCAUAGGGGCCCUGAAUGGACUGCAGGGGCCAUCUCUGAAGAAGGGACUGGACGAUGGGCGCUCGUCCUCCGUGGCGCUGGUGAUGGGGCAGCAGCAGAUGGGUCUGGCUCGGGCUGAGACACUGGAGCAGCUCCGAGAGAAGCUGGAGACGGAUGCACCGGAGAGAAAGAUGCUGCGUCUGGCCGAGGAGCAGCAGAGACUCAUGCAGCAGGCCUUCCAGCACAACCUGCUCGCCAUGACCUCGCAGAUCCCUGUCAACCUGCGUCCCGGCGCUCCGGCCAGGGAUGAGAAGCAGGAUCUGGCCGUGAGUAUUUCCUCCAGCGGAGCGGCUAGUAUCAGCAUGUCAGUGGAAGUCAACGGCAUCGUUUACUCCGGAACUCUGUUUGCGCAGAAGUCUGCGUCUGCUGCACCUGGACCCAGCUUCACCUUCUCUAGCUCCGCCCCCAGCCAAAGCCCCACCUCUUCCUCCUCCUCCAAGGGGCGGAGCUCAGCAGAGCCAUCCACCGGCGGUUCUCCAUAACCAAAUUACUGAAAAUCAAACCGUUGCACAACCAGUACCUCAGUUUCUCCUGUCCGCUCGUUUGGAAUCAUUUACAUGCAUUUACAUCCUCAUUCAUGAAUCACGAGUUAAUCAAUAAUUUACAGUCUUAUGCUAAAAUAACAAUCAAUUCAGUGCAACAGUUACAUCAGAGCGGAUCCAUGAAUGAUUCUCAUAGAAAUGAAUGCUCGUGUUUCAUGAACGACGUCUGAAAACGCUAAUUACAAUCAGAACAUUGAGCCAAACGACGGGCAGGUUUGACAGAACUUGAAGUUUCGAUCUGUCUUCUCUUCUGAUUAUGUUUCGUGACUCUGUGGUUUUUCUCAGCGGUGGAGGACGUUACAGGAAACGUCUUUUACCUCAGGAUCUGUAGUUUAGGCUUUCUCUGAAUGAGUUUUAUUUUUGGUAGAAUGUAGACUUCGCUGAUUUUAACUCUAUGCAGGUUCUUGGGAAUAUAUCUGCUGUUCUGCAGCCUGUUUGUUUGAUGAACAACCGUCAAAUACCUCAGAAACCUGCUGAAUGUCUCAGUAGAUGUUUAAAUGAGUUACAAACACCAAUCAUUUCAUCUGGAGCUCAGGGCAGCUUUUGAAUAUGUGGGUGAAUCUCAUGAUUAAAUCUAAAGAAAAUGUACUGUAUAACAUAUGCACAUUUCCUUUUUCCUUUUGUAUACGUAUGUAUGUAUAUGCACAUAUUUUAGAUUUUAAUAAGUUAAUAUAAAAGUGAAUCUCACGAUCUCCAUAUAUUUUAUAAGAAACGUUGCAUUAUUUUAAAAGUUUGGGAGCAGUAAGAUUUUUAAGGUUUCUCUAAUAUUCAUCGAGGCUGUAUUUAUUGAAUCAAAAUACAGAAAAAAACCCAGAAUAUAGAAAUAUAAUUGCAAUUUCUAAUAUUGGUUUUCCUUUUUAAUUUGCUUUAAAAUAUCUUUUUUUUUGUAUGUGACACAGCGUUAAAUCUUCGAUUCUUUGGUGAAUAAUUUGUUUUAAAAGAACAGCAUUUAUUCAAAGUAGAAACAUCUUCGAACAAUUUUUUAUCCAUUUAAUACAUCCUUGCUUAAUAAAAGUAUUAAUUCCUUAAAAAAAAGUAUUAAGCAGCACAAUUGUUUCCAACACUGAUCAUAAAUCAUCAUAUUUUCAUGAUUUCUGAAGAUCAUGUGACACUGAAAACUGGAGGAAUGAUGCUGAAAAUACAGCAGAGCAUCACAGAAAUAAAUUAUAUAUUAAAGUAUAUUAAAAUAGAAAACUGUUAUUUACAAUUGCGAUAUUAUUUUAAAAAUGUAUUUUUAAUUUCUGUAUUUUUGAUCAAAUAAGUAAAGCCUCACUGAGUAUAAGAAGCUUAUUUAAAAAAAUGAAAAAUAUAUUAAAAAAAUGUUUUGCAGUGUGUUUUUUUUUUUUUUUACUGAAACAUGCAUCAUUUUUCUAAUGCAGAAUACCAUUUCUUUAUGUCUUCCUGCUGAUUUUGGAUCAGAACGUGGUGUUUUUAGAGGUUUCAUGAGAUUCACCCAUGAUUGGUGUGAUGAAGUCCUCAGUCAUUCCUCAAGCGAAGCAGAAGCUCGAGUGAACAUCGUCCUCCUUCAUCCACACCGAUGCUCCAGGGACCCGGGUUUGUGUCUCGCAUUUUUGCUUUCUGCAGAAGGAAGGCGUCUCUCUCAGGAAGUACUCUGAUGUGUUUAAGUGAACUCUCAUUGUUUUUAAGAUGAUACAAAUGGAUAAUAAGUAGCUCAGACUCCGCUGUGGAGAUUUACACUACAUACCUCAAGCUGCCGUGAAUCCCUCGAGCUGGACUUUCCUCUCUUUCUCAUUUUUUCUUGUGUGAAUUGUUGCAUUUGUACAAUCAGGUGGAUAAACCUGCUCACCGUAACCAAAUCAAGCUGCUGCACAGCUAGAAACCAAAGACCAGAUGACCUCAGCCUCACAGGUCAGAGGUCACCAAGACACUAGUGUGAUGUAAUGGGUCAGGUGACCAGAGGAACACACUUACACUCAUCUCUCCAGACUUUGAUUCUUCUCUGUUCCAGCUCUGAUCCUCAGUGUUUCUGCAGUUCUUCUUCUGAUUGAACUGGAUUAAAAACCUUCUUUGUGCCAGUU